AUGGGCGCGGAAUCCAUCCUCACUGGUUGCAAUUUAUCUGCUGGUGGCGCCCAGUUUCCUUUGUUUUAUUCUAUUUCAAUUAUUUUAUUUUUAUUUUGUGCUGAAAACAAAACGCAACACAACACGAUGGGCGAACUUGGGUCCGUCGAGUCCAGCUUUGGAGGAACCUCCAUCUUCAAGCAGGCAGGGCAGAUAAGAAGGGAGGUGCAAGCACCUGGCUCGUUCAAAACGCUCAUCGGUGCCGGAGUCCUUCUCAUCGGUCUCGGCAUUUGCUUUGCAGGAUUGGCGCUCACGCUGCGCGAGAUUCGCAAGUUCGCCAAAAAGCCUCCACGGCCACAGCAUGGGCAAUAA